GGGCAGCGCCUGAGGGGGGGACUUUGCCCGAGCUACCUGCGGCGGGGAAUGCUGAGGGUGGCCCCCCGGGCCCUGCGGUGCUGCCCCCCGAGACCCUCGAGAGCCCCCCACAGCUCCAGCAGCCCCCCGGCCAUGUCGGAGUCCCCCGACGUGGCAGCGUCCCCCGGCGGGCUGGUGGCCGUGCUGCAGGUGACCAGCACGGCGGACAAGGAGCACAACUGGCGGCAGUGCUCGGCGCUGGUGCGGCAAGCGGCGGCGCGGGGAGCCCGGGCCGUGUUCCUGCCCGAGGGCUUCGACUUCAUCGGGGACAGUCCCCAGCACAGCCUGGCGCUGGCAGAGCCGCUGCACGGGGACACCGUGGGGCGCUACCGCCAGCUGGCCCGGGAGUGUGACGUGUGGCUGUCCCUCGGGGGUUUCCAUGAGCGUGGCCAGGACUGGGACAGCACGGGCCGGAUCUACAACUGUCACCUGCUGCUGGACAACUCUGGAGCCGUGGUGGCCGCGUACCGGAAGCUGCACCUGUUUGACGCGGCGCUGCCGGGGGCGCCGGCGCUGUGCGAGAGCUCCUUCACCAACCCGGGCCGGGAGCUGCUGCCGCCCGUCCCCACCCCCGUGGGCAAGCUGGGGCUGGCCGUGUGCUAUGACCUGCGUUUCCCGGAGCUGGCCCAGGCUCUGCGCGGCGCCGGUGCCCAAAUCCUGACCUUCCCCUCGGCCUUCACUGUCCCCACCGGAGCUGCACACUGGGAGGUGCUGCUGCGUGCCCGUGCCAUCGAGUGCCAGUGCUACGUGGUGGCGGCGGCUCAGACCGGCCGGCACAACGCCAGCCGCGCGUCCUUCGGCCACUCGCUGGUGGCCGACCCCUGGGGCACGGUGGUGGCGCAGUGCCAGGAGGGGCCGGGGCUGUGCCUGGCCCAGCUGGACCUGGCCUACCUGCAGCAGGUGCGGCGGCAGCUGCCGGUGCACGGCCACCGCCGGGGGGACAUCUACGGGGGCACAGCGGCCACCUGAGCUGGCACCGGGGCUGGCACCGGGGCUGGCACCGGGCGGGGGCCCAGCCUGCCCCAAAUCCACCCAAAAUCCCCUCAGAACUGCCACCGGCUCGGCUUUUCUGUCCCCAGAAUCAACUGGCACAAGGUGUCCCCCUGCUCUUCUUGGGGUCCCAAAUCUGCAUCAGUUCAGCUCUGAAUCAGCCCCAAAUCUGCCCUUCCUGUCCCCAAAAUGAACUGGCACAGUGUGUUCCCCUCUUUCUGUCCCCAAAAUGAACUGGUGCAAUGUGUCCCCCUCUUCCUUUUUUGGGGUCCCAAAUCUGCAUCAGUUCAGCUCUGAAUCAGCCCCAAAUCUGCUUUUUCUGUCCCCAAAAUGAACUGGCACAAGGUGUCCCCCUCUUUCUUUUUUGGGGUCCCAAAUCUGCAUCAGUUCAGUUCUAAAUCAGUCCCAAAUCUGCCCUUCUGUCCCCAAACUGAAAUGGCACAGUGUGCCCUCCCUGCUCUCAUUUUGGGUUCCCCACUCUUUCUGGGGUCCCAAAUCUGCAUCAGUUCAGCUCUAAAUCAGUCCCAAAUCUGCCCUUCUGUCCCCAAAAUGAACUGGCACAGUGUGCCCUCCCUGCUCUCAUUCUGGGUUCCCCACUCUUUCUGGGGUCCCAAAUCUGCAUCAGUUCAGCUCUGAAUCAGCCCCAAAUCUGCCCUUCCUGUCCCCAAAAUGAACUGGCACAAUGUGUUCCCCUCUUUCUGUCCCCAAAAUGAACUGGUGCAAUGUGUCCCCCUCUUUCUUUUUUGGGGUCCCGAAUCAGCCCCAAAUCUGCCCUUUCUGUCCCCAAAAUGAACUGGCACAAGGUGUCCCCAUCUUUCUUUUUUGGGGUCCCAAAUCUGCAUCAGUUCAGUUCUAAAUCAGUCCCAAAUCUGCCCUUCUGUCCCCAAACUGAAAUGGCACAGUGUGCCCUCCCUGCUCUCAUUUUGGGUUCCCCACUCUUUCUGGGGUCCCAAAUCUGCAUCAGUUCAACUCUAAAUCUGCCCUUUUGUCCCCAAACUGAAAUGGCACAACAUGUCCCUCUCCCUCUUUUUGGGGUCCCAAUUUCAGCCCCAAAUCUGCUUUGAAUCAGCUCAGAAUCUGCCUCAAUUCAGCUCUGAAUCUGCCCAAAAUCAGCCCCAAUUCAGUCCCAAAUCACCCCAAAAUCUGCCCCAAAUCUACUCCAAUUCAGCCCCAAAUCAUCAUCAAUUCAGUCCCAGUUCAUCCCAAAAUCUGCCCCAAAUCAGCCCAAAUUUGCACUGAAUCAGCACUUUUUGUUCCCAAAAUAGAACAGCCCAAGAUGCUCUCCCCAUUUUUUGGCACCUCCCCCAUUUUUGGAGGUGAUUUAGGGCACCCUGAGGGUGACACUAGCACCCCAAAUUCAGGAUAUUGCCCAAAUCUGCCCCAAAUCUGCUCUUUCUUCCCCGAAAUGGGGCAGCUCAGUGCUCCUCACCCCCUUUUUUGGGGGGUUCCCUCUUUUGUGGGGGGUUCUGGGGGGAAGGAAUUUCCUCCGACUGAAAUUUGAAAAAAAUACAAAAAUCCCAGGAAAUGA